UUAGUUUUGAGUGAUAAAGAAUAACCAAUCAAAUCACUCUUCAUCUCAACUAUCCUGAAUCUCUAAAUUCAAACUUCCAGAACAGCGGUUCCCAUCAUAGGGGGCCACAAUGCUAGGCGAAAAGCUGAUUUGACAUUUCAUUUUAUAAGAAAACUCCUAGUUUCCUAGUCUUUCCUAGUUUCAUUGCUUGAUAAGGUUUUUUCGCUGGGUGUUUUCACUUUGUUGAGGUUGAUAUUGUUUGAACAUAUUGGGAUUUGGAAUCUACCACUAUAAAUACCAUUGGAAUAAUAAACAUGGGCGCCAUGAGUGCUAAAAGCCCCCGGAAGCGGGCCACGAUCCAAAAAAUGGUUGGGAACCACUGUUCUAGAACUUCUAUAUCGUGUUCUUCAUUGAAAAUAGUAGGCCUAUAUGAUUUAAAAUCUGUGAUAUACUUCGAUUUGCACUUCUCUAAAUUUCAUGUGUAAUAAUUUUUCAGAUUUACCGUAAGAAUGAAUUUUUCAGAGCUAUUCAAGCAAUCUAAUUUUUUAUGUAAGUUUUCUCCUGAUGGAAAAUACAUUGCGACUUGUGUCUCUUACAAACUAAUAAUAAGAGAUGUCGAAACUCUGCAAAUUUUGCGACUUUAUACAUGCAUGGAUGUUAUUCAACAAAUCGGUUGGUCAUCUGACUCUGCAUUCCUGCUCUGUGCUAUGUUUAAACGUGGCAUUGUUCAAGUGUGGUCUAUUGAACAGCCAGAUUGGACUUGCAAAGUUGAUGAGGGGUCGGCAGGUCUUAUUAGAGCUCAGUGGAGCCCUGACGGACGUCAUAUUCUCACCACAGCAAGUUUUAAUCUACGAAUCACAGUUUGGUCGCUUGUGAACAAGUCUGUAUCUUAUAUACGAUAUGUAAAGAAUUCAAAAGAUUGUUUAAGCUUCUCAAAGGAUGGAAAAUACCUCGCUCUCGGUGAAACUCGAAAAUGCAAAGACUAUGUUAGCAUUUUUGCAGUCGACUCGUGGCAAAUGGUGAAAAUUUUCGAGUCUGACACAGAAGACAUGGCUUCGUUAGAGUGGUCACCAGAUGGCAGGGUUCUCUGCGUUGCGGAUAACAUGCUUUGGUAUAAAGUUUUGAUCUAUACGAUGGACGGCCGUUGCUUAGCAACAUAUAAAGCAUACGAAUGGGCAUUAGGAAUUAAAAAAAUGUCGUGGUCUCCAACAAGCCAGUUUCUCGCUGUGGGGAGUUACGAUCAAAAAGUUCGCCUAUUGAAUCAUAUAACAUGGAAAUCAAUUUCAGAGUUUACACACACUUCGACAAUCCAAGGCGGAAAUGUCGUAGUUUAUAGAGAAGUCGAACAGCGACCGACUCUUCCCACGAAGGAAGAAGAAGGCUCGAACAUGAUGCCGUCGUUAUUCAGCACACAAAGUAGAUACGAAUUUUGCGAACACCCCGUUGAUCUCCCUUUCAUGCCCCCAAACCCAGAUAAGCCAAACCCCAAAAUCGGGGCUGGUUGGAUGGAAUUCAGUCCUGAUAACAAAUAUCUGGCGACUGUGGAUGACAGUAUGAAAACUUGCGUCUUUAUAUGGAGCAUGCAAAAACUAUGUUUGUACGUCGUUUUACGGCAAACUUCGCAAAUCAAGUCGUUAAAAUGGGAUCCAAAGACUUGUCGUUUGGCAGUGGCUACAGGAAAUGAUAAAAUAUAUCUUUGGUCCCCAUCUGGGUCUGUUUCAGUCCAGGUACCCGUCGGGGCAACGUUCCAUACCCAUUCUAUGGUCUGGCACCCAAAAGGCGGCUCGUUAGUGCUUUUAAGUAAGGAUCAAAUGUGCGUGUGCUAUUUAGAGUCGCAAGCAACUACGAGUUAACAUUUUACGAUGAAUCUGCAUAACUCUUGGCUUUCCAGCAGUUGCCCAUAACUUUGCUCAGAGAUGAGGCUUCUUCACUUUCAAGUGUGUGGCAUUGAUUUAAGCAAUUCUAAAAGAACUGGAAUAGUGGGAUCAUAUUUAUACAUUACUGAAGAGAAUGGGGUAGAAUUCACUUAUAAAUCGGCUGUGUAAUCUUUUUUUUAUGCAUUAUUAGUUACUUAUAACUUUUUCUUACCACUGUACGUGUUUUACCAAAUAUGAUAUGAAUGAUUUUUGGGAAAUUCGUUCUUUGGACAUAUUUACUAAAGUUCUUCCAUAAAUAGAUUCAGAAAAAUGAGCGCAUGUUCACUAAACGACCUAAGUACUUCUAUUUGGCGUGGCACAACCACUUCCUAACCCCCACCUGGUCUGUCAUUCAAAGAUUACGUCACUACGACCUCAUAAUCACGUCAGUCCGAAAUGACACUAACACCAGCGAUCUUUUUCAUAUGGGGAUCAUUAGGACGAAAAAGCGAGAGGAAUAGCUUGCUCGAUUUUGGGUGAUCGUCUGCACUUCUUGGAUGACAGUUAGUAUAAUUUGGAAGACCUUAUUACAAUACCGUGAUGUCAUUUUUGAAUGGCGUAGUCAAGUGGGGUUAGGAACAACAUAUGCAAAAAUGGUUGUGCCACGCCAACUAGAAGUACCCACGUUGUGUUGUGAACAUGGCCAGAAAAAUGUACUUCUCUGAAAGACUGUGGUCAAAAAUAUCAAUCUCAGUGAGCACAGCCUGGCAGCGUUAUCACGUUUUAAAAUAUUUUGUUUGCUGAUCUUUGUUGUUUUUGUAGAUUUGUCCUUGUACUUUAUUAAACUGUUAUUUUUGUAUUUAUUAUAGUUCUAUUACACUUGGAAACAAAGCCUGAAUUAAAAGCAUUGAGGGAAACAG